AAGCUCCCGAGUUCCACCAGCCUUAUCUUAGUCAUUGAAUAUCAGAUUUGCGCCGCGUAACCCACCGUGCCAAAAGCCCCGAAACUUUUCAGAGCCCAACAAUAUUCAGAUCAAAAGAGGGGAGAGAGGGAACAGAAAAAAAAAAAAGAAGAAAAAAAAGAAACCGGUUCCCUCGACGAGCACACUGUGACUCGCCCGUCACCACUCUCUCCUUCAUCUCCUCCUCCUCCUCCUCUUCCUCCUCCCUCUCUCAGGCGCCCUCCGCCGUGUCCUACCUCGCGCGCUCGUCAAUUGAGCCAAUGGCAUCCACGUCGAGAGCUCUGAGCAAGCUCGCGGUGCCCCAAACGGGCGCCGUUAUGCUUCAGCCGUCUUCGUCCGCGCCCAGACUGCUCCUCCAGACAUCGCGCAGGACCGUAGGCGCGAGGCCCGUCUUCGGCAGCUCACAAGGGCCCGCUCUCCGGCAGUUCCGGCGCGGCGUCACCAGCGACGCCGCCCCCGUCCCGCCGCCCAAGAAGCGGCGAUUCCGCAAGCUGCGGUGGGCAUGGCGGUUCACAUACCUCUCCGCCAUCGCCAGCAUCGCCUACAUCGGCUACGGCGUCUACCAGGACAGGCACCCGGAGCCCCAGGUCGAGCCCGACCCGUCCAAGAAGACCUUGGUGAUUCUCGGAACCGGCUGGGGCUCUGUCUCGCUGCUCAAGCGCCUCGACACGGAGAACUACAACGUCAUCGUCAUCUCCCCGCGCAACUACUUCCUCUUCACGCCGCUGCUCCCGUCAUGCACGACCGGCACCAUCGAGCACCGCUCCAUCAUGGAGCCGAUACGGACCAUCCUCCGCCAGAAGAAGGCCAGCGUGCGGUUCUACGAGGCCGAGGCGAGCUCCAUCGACCCCGACCGCAAGGUGGUGCGUCUGAUCGACACCUCCGAGAUCCGGGGUGACACCACCGAGACCGAGGUGCCGUACGACAUGCUGGUGGUCGGCGUGGGCGCCGAGAACGCCACGUUCGGCAUCCCCGGCGUGCGCGAGCACUCGUGCUUCCUCAAGGAGAUCGGCGACGCCCAAAAGAUCCGCAAGCGCAUCAUGGACUGCGUCGAGACGGCGGCGUUCAAGGACCAGUCGCCCGAGGAGAUCGACCGGCUCCUGCACAUGGUGGUCGUCGGGGGCGGCCCGACCGGCGUCGAGUUCGCCGGCGAGCUGCAGGACUUCUUCGAGGAGGACAUCAAGAAGCUGGUGCCCGAGAUCAGCGACCGCUUCCGGGUGACGCUCAUCGAGGCGCUGCCUAACGUGCUGCCCAUGUUCUCCAAGCAGCUGAUCGAGUACACCGAGAGCACCUUCAAGGAGGAGAAGAUCAACAUCCACACCAAGACCGUGGUCAAGAAGGUGACGGACAAGACGGUCGAGGCCGAGGUGACGCGCCCGGACGGCAAGAAGGAGACGGUCGUCUUCCCCUACGGCCUGCUCGUCUGGGCCACCGGUAACGCCGUCCGCCCCGUCGUCCGGGACCUGAUGUCGCGCAUCCCGGCCCAGGCCGGCUCGCGCCGCGGCCUCGCCGUCAACGAGUACCUCGUCGUCCAGGGCACGCGCGACAUCUGGGCCGUGGGCGACUGCGCCGUGGCCGGCUACGCCCCGACCGCGCAGGUGGCCAGCCAGGAGGGCACCUUCCUGGCCCGCCUGUUCAACAACAUGGCCAAGACGGAGGCGCUCGAGGCCCGCAUCCGCGAGCUCAGCUCGUCCCUCAACCUGCGGCCCGGCAACUCGGCCGAGAUCUCGCGCGAGAUCGAGCAGCACGAGCGCCAGCUGCGCCGCCUCAAGGACAUCAAGCCCUUCCACUACAGCCACCAGGGCAGCCUCGCCUACAUCGGCAGCGAGAAGGCCGUCGCCGACGUCACCUGGUUCAACGGCAACCUCGCCGCCGCCGGCAGCCUGACCUUCCUCUUCUGGCGCAGCGCCUACAUCAGCAUGUGCUUCAGCACUAGGAACCGCCUGCUCGUCAUCAACGACUGGCUCAAGUCCAAGGUGUUUGGCCGCGACCUGUCGCGCGAGUAAAAAAAAUAAAUAAAAAAAAAAGAGGUGGCGCGGCGCGGUGCAGUGCAGUGCAAUGCCCGAGUUUUGCACGAACACCGCUCUUGCAGAGUCGUACAGCAGCAGUAGCAUCAUUCUUUGGGCGGUCGAGCGGCCGGGCGAGCGGGCGAGCGACCGAGCGGAGAGGGGAGGCAUGCUUUGCUCUUAGCUUAUUUUCUCUCUCUCUCUCUCUCUC